CCAUCUUUUUGUUGGAAGCCGGCUGUAGAUUUUUUUGUUAAGAAGUGCACAUGAUUAUGAAAUUUACAAAAGUCUAAAUCAAUAAUAAACUAAAAUUUCCUCAAGAACAUGAAUUUUGCACGUCUUAUAUUUACUAGAAGCGCUGGAGGCACAGGCUUAACGCAGAAGGUGACUGGAAUCUUCUAUCGGCAAAUCACCUUUGGCAAUGUCCAGCGUGCUUCACAGAAAUCUCUGACGCAAUUUGAAUCAAAACCGAAGCAAUUUGAGUUGAAGCUUCCAACACCAUUGACACACAGUCGAAAAGCGGCACAACAGGCGGCAGCAGGUGCUUCGGUAGCGCAAGUUCUUAAGAAACGCACCGUUCGCAAGAAGUGGGAUGACCACCUCUUCGAAGACUUGUCCGCGGAGGGUUUCUUCAACGUGUCUGCAUUUACAACUGCCGAAGAAUAUGAUCUGGAGGCACUCAUGAAAGGUUUAAACGAACAGAAUUUGUACACUGUCAAAAAAUACUUCUCCACAGAUAAUCUCGGCCUGGAACAGAAUGUGCUGUACGCUUCAGCGAAAUAUCCUGUAGGCAAGGAGGCACGGGAUAUAAUUAUCUUUCGCGAAGGAUCAGUGGUAUUGUGGAAUUUCAAUGACAUUGAAACCAAUAAUUUGUUAUCAUUUUUGCGUCCGUACGAGAAGGACCCUUAUUUAAGCCCACUAGUUCGCGGGGAAAGCGAGGUGAUGCCCUACAUGUACAUUCCAUCAACUGCGGUUGAUGUGGAAGGAGACUUGGUAUCUGCGUCAGAUACGGAAGUCGCACGUGCUUUCUUUCACAAUGGCAAAUUUUUCCUCGCGCCCGAGGGUGAUAAUUUUCUGCAGAAGUACACAUUCUCCAACGCAAUGGCAACUUCAAUAAAACUGGGCAUGUGGGAAGCCAUGCUCGAUCGUUAUAUUGAUUCAAUCGAAUAUCUCACAGAUGACCUGAAACGAGGACGACGCAUACGCAUGUCCCGUGCCGAGGUGUUGCGUAAAACAGGAGAACUCUUUGCUUUACGGCACGAGAUCAACUUGGCAUCGGAUUUGUUGGACACACCAGAUUUUUAUUGGGAUCGUGAAGAGUUGGAAGCAUUGUACCUGCAAGUUUGUUCAUAUUUCAGUAUUUCACGGCGAACAAAAGUGAUGAAUGAGAAGAUUAAUCACUGUGUAGAAUUGGCAGAGUUAAUAUCGCACAAUUUGAAUGACGCACAUCACAUUCGUUUGGAAUGGAUGAUAAUUAUUUUGAUUAUGGUGGAAGUUGGAUUUGAAAUCAUGCACUAUAUGGACCGAUUUUAUAAUAAAGAGACGGACGGCGCUCCUGUGUUACACUGAUAACAAGACAACUAACCGCAUUUAAGUUGAAAUAAUUAGAAUUGUUGAAUGUUUUUAUUGUUAGGCAAAUACAUAAAGUUUUUAACAUUUUUCACAAAAGAGUUUUGCAUAACGGUAAAGACUUACCAGGCAAUGUUUCUUGGAUUUCCAAAAAAAAAGACCUUUGCUCAGUUGUAUAGCUUGUUUGAGGGGUAUAAAAAAUAUAUAUAUUUUUUUUAAUCAUUCACAAUGGAUUAUUUGAAUACCCGCCGUCACCGCAGUGUGUUCAAUGUACAUUCUUUGAAUAACUAUUUAAUCAGCUGUUUGCUGCACAGCUCGUGCAAGUAAUCUAAAAAAAUUUAUUGUAAUUACCAGUUUCCAAACAAUGCAGUUAACGUUAAUAAACUUUUUUAAGAAAACUGUACCCGGUCACAUUUUCCGUGGGAAAAGGCGUUUCAUAAAACCGGUUAGUAAGCGAGCAAUGGAAACACUCCGGCGUGAUUAUGAAAGACAGGAGCAAAAUAUGUUAUGGCUACGACAUCCGUACCUGACAGUGGAGGAGUCAUCAGGACAUGCCAAGGAGUUGGGCAAAACCGAAGCCAAACUGACGAUGUGGAAUGAACGACAGACCCUGAACAAAAUGAAACCACACGUAACAAUCGAGGAGCGACUGGAACAUUUGAAAGUCAAAGAAGCCUGGGAUUAAGUUGCGAAUUAGGAUUAAAAGCAUAUUUCUAUUUUACUUUUAAAUAUAAAGAAAUAAAAAUAAAAUAAAAUGCAAGUUGAUAGUCGA